AUGGCUGAUGGAUGGACUGAUGUUAGACAGCGUACCUUGAUAAACUUCUUAGUGUAUUCUACACAUGGUAUGGUAUUUGUGAAGUCUGUUGAUGUAUCAGAUCUAGUUAAAGAUGCCAAAACUCUAUUCACACUAUUUUGUGAAGUCAUUGAGUGGAUUGGUCCUAAAAAUAUUGUUCAUGUGGUGACUGACAAUGCAGCUAACUAUGUAGCAUAUGGUAGAUUGAUUAAAGAGAAGUAUAAAAGUAUUUAUUGGUCAUCUUGUGCUACACAUUGUUUGAAUCUUGUAUUGAAAGACUUUUCAAGCAUGCCUUAUGUGUCAGACCUCGCAUCAAAGGCAUCAAAGAUAACUGUAUUUGCAUAUAAUCAUAUGGUUUUCUUAUCGUGGUUGAGGAGAAGACCAACUUGGAAAGAAAUUGUGCGUCUUGGUGCCACGAGGUUUGCUACCACAUUUAUUACAUUACAUAGCAUAUAUAUGCACAAGAAUGACUUGCAAGCUUUAGUUGUUGAUAAACACUUUGUGGACCACAAAUUAUCAAGGACUGAAGCAGGAAAAAUUUUUAGUGCAAUCAUAUUGGACAAUCGGUUUUGGAAUGAUUGUUAUCAAGUUGUGAAAAUUGUAUCUCCUCUCAUAAAAUUGUUGAGAAUUGUUGAUUCAGAUGAGAAGCCUUCAUUGCCUUAUGUUUUUGAAGGCAUGCGAAGGGCGAAAAUGGCAAUUAAGGAGAUGUUUAAGAAAAACAAGGAGCUGUAUAAGCCCUACACAACAAUCAUUCAAACUCGAUGGGACAAGCAUUUAAAGACCAAUCUUCAUGCAGCAUCAUAUUUGCUGAAUCCUGCAAUCACAUAUGCUCCAGACUGCUCUAUCAAGUCAAAGUUAAUGAUGGCUUUAAUUGAUGUGGUGGAGUCUUACUCAAACGAAGAGGUUGAUGGCUUCUUGGUAAUGAAACAAGCAACUACUUAUCGUGAAGCCAAAGAAUCUUUCAGUAGACCAUCAUGUCAAAAAGCAGCACAGAAACUUGACCCUUUGCCAGAAUUGCAACGUGUUGCGAUGCGCAUUCUUAGUCAAACUUCUUCUUCUUCUGGCUGUGAAAGGAAUUGGAGUUUAUUUGAACGCAUUCAUACAAAAAGAAGAAAUAGACUGGAGCACAAAAGGCUAAAUGAUUUAGUUUUCACAAACUAUAACUUGCGAUUAAAGUAUAGGAGUACAUUGAAGAAGCAGAAGGCAAGCUAUGAUCCUAUUGACUUUGAAAACAUUGAUUUGGUGGACUUUUGGGUGACUGAAGAAGAUCCUGUUCCAAAGUUUGAUGAUGGAGAUGUGGCAACAUUUGAAAGUGUUGUCAACAAUGAAGACAUUUCAAAUUUGACAACUCCUAGGAGGGAUAAUGAAGGUGGUGAUGAUGAUAUGAAUAUUGUUGAACCUCCACCUUUGCAAGAUGAUGUUGCUACUCCUUCUAAUUUUCCUCUUCCAACUAUUGAUGUCUCAAUUCCUGACCCUGCCGAUGAAUUUAAUGAUAAUUUUGAUUUUCUGUAA